AUGCAUCCUGCGCUUCUUGGAUACCUGACCGGCACUAUUGCUGUCUCGACGGUAGCGGCAAGCAUCAGCACCCCGCAAAAGGCCAUCAAUCCUGCCAAGUUGGACAUUCCUGUCACUAUCCUCGCCGACACCAACAGAGACGGCCUUGUUGACGACCGCGACACAUACGGAAAGCACGCCUGGACUACUCAUCACGGCGCAAUCUUUCUGCCAAAUAUCGGCGACGAGCUUCAUCGCUGCCACGUAAACGAUGGUGUCGGCACACCACUCAGCAAUUGGGAACUCGCAGCCUGCAACGACGCCGCGGGGGAUGAGCUGAUCAACAGUAUCCUGGCGGCACCGGUCAAGACCCUGCCACUGGCUGAUUUGUCAAAGAAUGCGACUGCCAGGAUCUUGGUUCAGCCACCGUCGGCGGCUGAGAAUGUACGACUAUUUUGGAAGCACAGAAACGAGGGAAGCUCAUCUGAUUGGGCACUGGUCAAGUCUGAGCUGCAGUUCAACAGCACGGCCUUGUCCGCGGGUCUGACUCUUGCAAUUGACGCAAGGCACCUGGUUACCGACAAGACUGUAUGGGACGGGCUAGUCAACAUCAAAAUCGAGGUCACGGAUGUCAUGCGCAGCGGUAGUGACUUUGUCGCUAUGAGGCAGGCGCCUGUCCUCUUGCAUCACCAUCGCCAGAGCAUGGAAGCCGUUGUGACAAUGCAAACUGUGGAAUCGAAAUGGCAGGGUGCCUUCGUCAACACUCUCGGCGCCAUCAUUCACAAGCUCAAGCCUGCGGUUCCCUUGAUAACACUGAACGAUAGCCGUGACGUAUGGGCGCAGGACUUGAUGGAGCCAGCCUUUGCCAGCAUGCCUGGUCGCAAUGGCCCCAUCUCGAUCAGAGUGCUGUUGCGGUCGCCGCAAUCAACUCGACCUAACGGCCGUUUGGUCUUUGAGCAACUGCGUGGAGCCGGUGUGGGUGGCUGGCAGCCAGGACCGGAGUCUGGGUUUGGGUGGGAAGAGAUCAACUCGGGCGGCAACAUUGAAACCAUUCCGCCAUAUACUUCUCGCUCAGGUGUCUCGUAUAAAAAUGGACGGGUUGUCCUAGGCAAGCACUAUGACAAGUAUCCGGCUGCGUCGCUGACCAAGUUUCUCGAGGCGCAGCGUGAGCAGACGCCGCUCUACCUGGAGGCAGGAUGGCUGGUAGCCGGCCAUGUUGAUGAAUUCGUUCAGUUUCUACCGUCUAAUAACACAAUCGGAUUUCGUGUGGCUGUUCCUGAUACACGCUCUGCGAUGCGUAUCCUCAAGCACGUCAACGAGACUGGCCAUGGCACUGUGCCGUUCCUCUCUUUCAAGGGCAACUUGACCGACGACAAUUGGCCAAUAUUCGCCGACCAUGACUUACCUAACAAGACGGUCGAAGCGCUGCUCGCGGAAGAGAGUUUUGUCAAGACGAAUGCGUAUGCUCAGAAGUUUAUUGACCGCAAUGUCGAGAUACUCCUUGAGGAGCUGCCCAUCAGCGACGCAGAUGUUCUGCGCGUGCCUGCUCUUUGGCGAGACCAGACAUACGACUGGCUUGCCGACCCGGACGGUUUUCCAGCGCGCCUUCAUCACACUAUCCCCGGUGAGAGGCAGCUUCAAGGCUUCUUUCCUCUGGCGGUCAAUGGUCUUGUGCUGGACCAGCAUUACAUUUGCCCGAAACCGUUUGGUCCUCGCGUGGAUGGUGUCGACGUGCUUGAGCGUGAGAUUGGCAAGGUGUAUACAGAAGCCGGCUUCAAUGUGGUGUUUAUAGAUGAUUACAUGUCGCAUCAUGUUCGUGGAGGAGAAGUUCACUGUGGAACUAAUUCUUUACGGCAUACCAAUGUCGAAUGGUGGAAGACUAAUUAA